GAGGAAGAGGGGAGGGGAGGGGAGGAAGCCCGGCGCCCGCUAUAAAACUCCCGCGCCGGGGAAGGAGCCGCAACAAGCGGCGCAAAGCCGGACCCAGCGCGAUGGAGGUGCUCCCAGUGGAUGUACCCAAAAACCUCUCUUCGUCGUCUUCUCGAUCUCACCAAGAAAUAGCACUCAGAAUAGAAAAAGCACGCAACAUGACACUUUACAUGCAAGAGGGCUCAGAACAGCUGCUGUCAAACUAUGCAUUUCACCAAGAGGAGCCCUUUGGGGAGCCGGAUUUUAACCCUUCUCCCCAGCCUUUUCCGGGGCUGCCACUGCCUACUCUUUCAACCGUGGCAUGGCUGGACCUUAGCGACCCCGAACGCUUGCAGCAGAACUUUGGGGCCUUCUCCAAUUUGCCGGAGUAUCUAGCCGCGGUGAAGCGCCAGCAAACCGAUCUGAACCCAGAAGCCUCCGAACUGCAUCGCCUGCUCGACACUUCAAGCGUACAGUGUCUCGGUCUCACAAACAACCUGAAAGCCGUCAUGGCUCCCCUGGGCAUCUUACCUGGCCCUGUCAUUCCAGCCGAGCCGCCAGGAAUGGAGGACGCCUUCAUCAUGAAAUUCACUGGUUACCUAAUUUGCCAUCUCUACCGGGACUGGGUCAAGCGUUGCCAAAAGGACAUGGCCCUCCUGGCCGCCAAAUACCCUGCUUGAGUUUUUUCUCUGCCCUUGAUCCUUCAGCUGAGGCAGGUGGCUUUCAUCAUGUUUUUCGCCCAAGCUGGCUGUCAUUUUGCAGGGGUUUGUGUGGGAGUAAAUAGAAGGAAGUACCCACUGGUAGCCCUUUCCUUGAGGUAAAAAUGGUAUUGACACUGUGCCAUUACCGGUGCAAAACUGAACUUUCUGUCUUGCUGGUCCCUUCCAUCUUCUCUUCUUUUCUUCCUUUGAAUAUGAAUGGAAAAUUGUUCUCAGGAGUGGCACAGGAUUGGUUAUACUAUUAGGUGACUUGAAGCAGCUGCCUCAAAGUGGAUAGCAAUAGCAGCCCCUUGGUUCUUUUGCCUAAAUUCCUGCCUGUGCCACUGAAGGGUAUUCAGUGGAAUUGUUCACAGGGUUGCCAUAGGAUCACUCAUACUACUAGACAUCCUGAAGCAACUGCCUCAGAGUGGAUAGCAACAGCAACCCCUUGGCUCUUAUGGCUGAACCCUGGCCAUGCCACUGAAGGGUAUCCAGUGUGUGUUGCACAGGUUAUCCUGUUUUUCUAAAGAUGUCACUUUGCUCUCAUAUGUAGUGGACGAUGUGUCUUGCCAGUCCGCUCUGUUCCUUUGUGCACAAUGAAAAAGUUCUAUCCUUUGACUCAGACGGACCAGGCUUUAUAGACAGUGGGACUGGAAAGAUGAGGGAGGUCAGCUGCUUUGGAAAGAGCAGCUGUUUUUGAGAGGUAGAUUGGCAUCUCAGUGCGGGAAGGGAAGAGCAGCUCCAUUCUUGAAGGCAUGCCAGCACUGGAAAUGGCAUUCCUUUGACUGAUGAAGAACGGGACAAGGGUGCCAAGGUGUCUGGUUGCAGUCAGUCAGAACUAUUCAAACAGAUCCUAGCUUCCUGAAGGAAGGGAGAGUCCUUCUCCAUCUUAUGCUUGAAUGGCAUGACAUGGUGCCUUGAUUUGAAGACACUGAAUAGGUUUUAUAUGGAGUGGAUUGGGAGCAGACACCGGAUGGCUGGUAGUCUUUCCAGUUUAGUCUGUGUGCCAUUGAGCACUUGGGCAGUAGACUCAAAAAUGCAACAGGGGUUGUUCCUUUUGGCCUAUCGUCCUUGGCAAAAGACACAAAAUCAGCAAGUUGAGUGGAACAUUAGUCUAAAAGAGCAAGAGGCAUUAUUUUCACUCAAUUUAAAACCCAUCUCUACUGUAAAAUUAAUGCAGUUUGACACCACUUGAACUGCCAUAGCUCAAUGCUAUGAACUCCUGGGAGUUGCAGUUUGGUGAGGCACCAGCACUCUUUGACAGAAAAGACUAAAGACCUUGGAAAACUACAACUCCCAUGAUUGCAUUGAACCCUAGGACAAAGAACACACAUUUCCGUGUGCAGUCUCAUCUGUAAGCACUGAAUUAAUGAUUUUACAGAAUUGCCUACUCAGUUGAAAAGAAUGUAAGACAUCUUUACGUCUCUUUCAGUACCAGCUCUGACCUUUGCAAACCUCUGUUGCCACUCCAUUUUAUUGCAGGUUGGGAGGUCUCUUGCCCUAUCCAUCUUUGAUCCACCCUCUGGGCGCAUCUAUAUCACCAAAUGAAUGUAGUUUGACACUACUUUUACUGCCAUGGCUCAAUGCUGUGGAAGCCUGGGAGUCCUAGUUUUACCUCAUCAAACUACAACUCCCCAAAUUCUAUAAGCAUUGAGCCACAGCAGUUAAAAUGAUAUUAAGUCAACAAAGUAGAUGCUGGUUUGUAUAGCCUCUCUCUUAGGGCAUUUGUUCCUGUACUGUUGACUUUUAGUUUGUAAUGUAUGCUUUGGUUUUAUAUUAAUAUAAAGUAAAAUAUAAAUAUGAUUAUAUAAAAACUAUAUUAAUAUUCUUAAUAAAGCUAUUUAUAGUAGGA